AGAUGCGGCGUGAUGUUUACCAACAGUAGCGACGAGGUGGGGGACGAGGCUCGCGUCCAUGCCGUGGCUGCAUUGGUGGCUUUAUAUGUUUUGGUGUCUGCUAUAGGUAUUAUCGGUAAUGUAAGUCUGAUGGCGGCACUGGCAUCAGGGGGAGCUGCUAGACUACGGACGCCGCAGCUGCUCAGCGCGUGCGCAGCCGACUUUUUGGUCUGCGCUGCCAGCGCCCCGAUUGCCGCCACGCGCGUCGCCAGGAUACACCACCUGCCGUGCCAUGUCACAUUCUAUAUAGAAUCAUUCCCAGUGGCAGCCAGCACGUUGUCGCUGGUAGCGAUCGCGGCGGACCGGUGCGGUGCGAUGCGACGCGGUCAGGGCUGUUGUGCAAAGCCCUCUUUAGUCGUCGUGGUCGUCUGGAUCAGCGCAUUUGUUUUGGGUGCGACGGCCGUGACGACUACAUGCGUGUCGUGUCCACCGCUUGCUGCUGCGCACGCGUUGGUCACAUACUGCUUCCCAGUCGCCGUAGUAGCCCGGAGUCACUGGGCAGUCAGGGUCAAACUGACUGCCCUCUCAUUGACCGCGAGGGCAGCCCACGGGGAGCUGCCUCUCCCAGUGCCGCUGAUGCGACGACCUACACAUGUGAUCAUCGUCGCCGGCGUCGGGCCCAGAGAAAGACGUGACGCUGUAGACGUCGGCGACGUCAGAAAAAAGAAACUACAGCCCAGCCUCCUCGGCCCCCAACCACAGACGUCAACUCUUCACUCGCGGCGUCGACUCGGCAACGUGUUACUGGGCAUCGCUGCCAUAUUCGCCGUCUGCUGGUGCCCUCACGCUACAAUAGUCAUAUGCAGCGCAUUUGGCCUACACGCACCGUUAGUGUUAAGACAAUAUGCGCUGCUGUUGGGCUAUGCCCAUUCUGCUUUGAAUGCAGUCGCGUACUGGGUUCUAAACAGACACGCUCUGACGUCAGCCUGUGCCGCGUGGCGCCUACCACAACUGAGGGUCCGAGAGGAAAGACCUUCUUCAACGAACGAGGCAGCGCUUGGAGCAUUCCACCCCCGCCUCGCCCGCCCCGCGCCGUCUCCGCGGCCGCCCCCCUCCAGCUUCCUCUAUUGA